CAUAAAAGCAACUGUCGACAUCACAGUAUGGGAUACAGCAACACGGGGGAGAUUUAGACGGAUUUCCAUCAUACCUUCGCAUGCUGGCACGUAAAGAGUGUUGGAAGGGAGCUCCAUCGACGUAAUCAACCAGUGUGGGCGGUCUAUGUCGUCACUCGAGAUCGUAUAGUGAGAGUUACUCGGUGCUCCGAAUAGCAGCUUUUCGGAACUAUGUUGAAGUUUGUAGUAAGAAACCCGUCUCCGACACGGAAGACACAGCAGAGGAGUUACCGUGGUUGGGACUCGGAUUCCGUGGACGAGGAACAUUGCGACGUGUGUCGGACGCGUCGACGAUCACUGAGUAACAGCCGACGGAGGCACAAGUCGAAACCACGAAUGGCUGACUCGGAUACAGUACAAACCGAAUCUGUUGAUUUGAUGGAUAGUUUAAGAGGACAUUCGUUGAAGAGACCAGCCAAUGUGCGGGCUACAGUGCUCUAUGACUUUGAACCGGACGAGAAGAACGAAGUACGAGUUAUCAAGGGACAGAAUGUAAGGGUCAUGCAUGAAGAGAGUGGGUGGGCUUUUGUUAGGGUGGAAAGCGGCAAAGUCGGAUUCAUACCCAUGAGAUAUUGCGGCCAGCCUCAUAUUCGUCGGAGAGACAACUGCCGAAAAGCAAGAUCGAAGUCUCCCCCCUCGCCGUUUAGAGGCAGGGACGAACGUAGAUUGAAAGAGCGAAGCAAAAGUUUAGAAAACCUGAGGCGCUCGAGGAGACUUCCCGCUUCUCGACAUAAGUUGAGUGACUUCACAGAAAGUGACGAUUGUGAAUACAGCCCACGGGAUGUUGCGGACACAGCGAGGUUUAAUUCUCGCAGUAGCCUUGUCGAGAAAACAGUAAACAAAACCAAGUAUUCAUCGCAUUGUAAGACUGAGGCUAAACUACUAAAAUCUAUUGAACUAAGUUUGAAAAGGAGCGCUAGUGUCGAUUUAAAACAGAAAAUAGCAUGUCUAUUGAGCCAACCUGAUGUAAACAACACAAAUAAUGCCUUAGCUGGGAAUGUGGUUAAUUCCACCCUGGAGGAUAAAAACAACGACAAAGAACUUAUGAUUAAAAGCGACAAAAUACAACCGGCCAUAUCGUCGUCGUCAUCCCAGCGUUCGAGUAUGUCAGUAAAUACAGACAGCGAGAGCAUGUCCACGCCAAAUAUGAUCGCUCCACAGUCACCGACAACGUCGACUAGCACUGAUUCGGACUACGGCACUUCCAUUGAUAGCGAUACCGACUCAUUUGGUAGCGUUAAGAUGAAGGCUUGGAAACAGCGAAUGCUUGAACAAAAACGCUGCAUCGAAGGAAACACCGUUGAGGAAAAAAUGUCAAUAGAAAAUUUUUGCGUAUCGACGAAAGUGUCUGAUGGCUCGGAUGGUUCACUGGACAACGAAACCUUGUGUAUAAGUAGUAGGGGUUCCCGUCUUAACGAAAUCGUGACGAAUGGCGUAGGGAUAACAGACGCAAAGACUGUGAAAGCAGUCGUCAAAGACAGUGGUUACUCGAAAGAAAAUGUUGUAGGGCUUUGUCAAACUAUACACGAGUUAGAAAGUUUAAUAAAAAACAGUUGCUUUGGAGAAUAUGAAGCGUGUACGAACGAAGAGUGCAAUUCGGAAGGAUACGGCUCGGACUGUAGCGAACCGCCGGAACUGCCACCGAAAACUUUAUGCCGUGCUCCGGAAUUAACCGAACCACCAAAACUGCCACCAAAGACUUUAAGACCUGAAUCGUUUUACAAUAAAACAACCGAAUCAGACUCUUCUCGGACGCAAUUGUGUGGUCAAAUUUCAAUCACAACUCCUGCUGAGACUCUGAAGACAAAAUGUGAGCUCGACUCUAAGAAAACUGCCAUUCAAUCCCAGAACGCGGAAAGGGCUAAAUUAGACUCAUCCGAAAAGCAGUCGCAUAUCUUUAAAAAAUCUGACCGCGAAACUUUGAUAAUAUUGUUCGACUUUGUGGCCCAUGACGAGGGUGAUUUAACCGUACGACAAGGAGAAACAGUAACUCUACUGAACCACGAAGACUACGAUUGGUGCUUUGUAAGAAACGAACUUGGAAUCGAGGGAUUUAUACCAUUCUCUUACGUCAUAUCCCAAAAAGUUUACAAUGGGAAAUUUACAAGAAAUGACAACUACGCCAUUGGGUGGAAGCACGAAGUCAAAAUAGCAUCAACACGAAAGGUACGAAUCAGCUGUCACAGCCAAGGGACAAAUGCAACCCAUAAUUUCAGCGAAGACGCAGUGCGCAUGCCCAGUAGUACACCCUGCCGAGAUAUAGAGGAGGACUUUGACGUGACUGAUCUAACAACGCGGACGGUCCUGACGCACAACCAUAAAGCAAUGACAGCCAGUGAACUGAGUGUGCGGAGAGGAGAAACUGUGUACUUUAACAGGAAAGACUUAGAAAGCAAUGCAUUAUGGGUGAUGGUAUACUCCCCGAUGAAACAAUGCAGGGGGUACAUACCGACGGUUUAUUUAGCAUAUAAGAUGGAGGAUUUAGUGUAAACUCACGUGACGUCACAAUUAGUGCAUAUAUCUGUCUCAGGCCAAAGUAAUCGAAUUUAAAGUUUUACGUCCCCUAAUGUUAUAUGUUUAUAUGUUUACACAUGAAAUUCUGAGAAAUUCAAUGAAAUACUACAUUGCCAAAAAUCGGAAUAUUUCUAAAGUGACAAUCAACCGAUCAUAGACAUCGUUCUUUGUACAUUGUAAAGUGCUGCAUGACAAAACAUGAUGUUGUCAUGACGAUCUGUUAGAUUACGAUUAUUCAACCGUGAUCAGUGACGUCGAAUACCUCAGGAACAUUUGUUAUUCCUCGUUUUUCCAGGCAAGUUAAAAAUCAUCAGAAACCUGAAAUAACCAUUUGCAUAUUUUUCACAAGAAACAUAACAAUUUCCACUGCAAACCAGCCACUGUAUUUUAUAUCAUAUCCAA